AAAGUGAUCGUAGUUUUAACUACCUCUGGCGCGAGGCCUUUUCCCGACUAGGCUCCGGCUUUUCCCGACUUCCGGAGCCGGGUCUGGUCAGGUCGGAGCCGGGAGACAAAUGAGACAGCUGCAUGCCGUUGGCUUUGACUGUGCUCUUCCAGCAGACUUGCAGAACUUUUGGCCAAAGGACAGUUCCACAUUUGUUCCAGGAGCCAUCACGGUGGCUGUUAAGUAGCCAGCUCUCCAGUGGUCCCUUUCAUGGAUUCUGGCUCCUUUUGAAGAAGCAGCCUUGUUUCUGGUUCAGGCAGGGCAUCCCAGGGCCAUGUACUGCCCGCUUUGCCUGCCUACCUGUGUCACAUGUGGGGUUCUGCACGGGCGUUUCUGAGAUGGCUGAACAGCGAUACUGUGUGGACUAUGCCAAGCGUGGCACAGCCGGCUGUAAGAAAUGCAAGGAAAAAAUAGUGAAGGGCGUGUGCCGCAUAGGCAAGGUGGUCCCCAACCCCUUCUCAGAAUCCGGGGGCGAUAUGAAGGAGUGGUACCAUAUCAAGUGCAUGUUUGAGAAGCUGGAACGGGCCCGGGCGACCACCAAGAAGAUUGAGGACCUGACUGAGCUUGAGGGCUGGGAAGAACUGCAGGACCCAGAGAAAGAUCAAAUCAGCGAGCUGAUUGCAGCACUCUCCUCCAAGGCAGCAAGCACACCAACCAAGAGAGCCACAGUCCAGGCCAAGCUGACCCCCACUGGCCAGGUGGUUUCUCCACACAAAGGAGCCUCCUCAGUCAUGAACACCAAUCCCCGGAAAUUCUCUGGCUUCGCAGCUAAGCCAAGCACCUCUGAGGGACCCCUCUCAAACCCUCCCUCCAAGAGUACCCUGUCGGCUGGGAAGUGUGACCCAAAGCACAAGGACUGCUUGUUGCGGGAGUUUCGGAAACUCUGUGCCAUGGUGGCUGACAAGCCCAGCUACAACGUGAAGACCCAGAUCAUCCAUGACUUUCUUCAGAAAGGAUCGGGCGGUGAUGGUUUCCAUGGCGACGUGUACCUGACAGUGAAGCUGCUCCUGCCGGGGGUCAUUAAAAGCGUUUACAAUCUGAAUGACAAACAGAUUGUGAAGCUUUUCAGUCGGAUUUUUAACUGCAGUCAGGAUGACAUGGUCCGAGACUUGGAGCAGGGAGACGUGUCCGAGACAGUGCGCGUGUUCUUCGAGCAGAGCCGGUCCUUCCCCCCUGCAGCCAAGAGCCUCCUCACCAUUCAGGAAGUAGACGAGUUCCUCCUGCAGUUGUCCAAACUCACUAAAGAGGAUGACCAGCAAAGUGUGCUGCAGGACAUUGCCUCCAGGUGCACGGCCAAUGACCUGAAGUGCAUCAUCAGACUCAUUAAGCAUGACCUCAAGAUGAAUUCUGGUGCCAAGCACGUGCUAGAUGCCCUGGAUCCGAAUGCCUAUGAAGCUUUCAAGGCCUCACGGAAUCUCCAGGAUGUGGUGGAACGUGUCCUGGCGAACCAGCAGGAGUCCGAGAAGGCACCGGGAAUGAAGCGGGCACUCAGUGUCCAGGCAACUCUCAUGACCCCCGUGCAGCCCAUGCUGGCUGAAGCCUGCAAAUCCAUUGAAUAUGCAAUGAAGAAGUGUCCCAAUGGGAUGUUCUCUGAGAUCAAGUAUGACGGGGAGCGAGUGCAGGUGCACAAGAAAGGGGAUCAGUUCAGCUACUUCAGCCGAAGCCUCAAGCCUGUCCUACCUCAUAAAGUGGCCCAUUUUAAGGACUACAUCCCUCAGGCAUUCCCAGGGGGCCAGAGCAUGAUCCUAGACUCCGAGGUCCUUCUGAUCGAUACCAAAACAAGCAAACCUUUGCCCUUUGGGACUCUGGGUGUGCAUAAGAAAGCUGCUUUCCAGGAUGCCAAUGUCUGCUUAUUUGUGUUUGACUGCAUCUACUUCAAUGAUAUCAGCCUGAUGGACAGACCAUUGUGUGAACGGCGGAAGUUUCUCCAUGACAACAUGGUUGAAAUCCCCAAUCGGAUCCUUUUCUCUGAAAUGAAGCAUGUCACAAAAGCUUCAGAUUUGGCUGAUAUGAUUAAUCGUGUCAUCCGGGAAGGGCUGGAAGGACUGGUGCUAAAAGAUGUGAAGGGUACUUAUGAGCCAGGGAAGCGGCACUGGCUAAAAGUGAAGAAGGACUACCUGAACGAGGGGGCCAUGGCAGACACGGCAGAUCUGGUGGUCCUUGGGGCCUUCUAUGGCCAAGGGAACAAAGGGGGCAUGAUGUCCAUCUUCCUGAUGGGCUGCUAUGACCCCAGCAGCCAGAAGUGGUGCACCGUCACCAAGUGCGCCGGCGGCCACGACGACGCCACCCUCGCUCGCCUGCAGAACGAGCUGGACAUGGUGAAGAUCAGCAAGGAUCCCAGUAAGAUUCCCAGCUGGCUGAAAAUCAAUAAGAACUACUACCCUGACUUCAUCGUCCCAGAUCCAAAGAAAGCUCCUGUUUGGGAGAUCACAGGGGCGGAGUUCUCCAAGGCCGAGGCCCACACGGCCGACGGCAUCUCCAUCCGCUUCCCCCGCUGCACCCGCAUCCGUGAUGAUAAAGAUUGGAAGUCGGCCACCAACCUCCCGCAGCUCAAGAAGCUGUACCAGCUCUCCAAGGAAAAGGCCGACUUCACUGUGGUGGCUGCAGAUGAGGGAAGUUCAGUGACUAGUGGCAGCAGUGGAGAGAAUGAGGGCAACAUGGGGCCUUCCACCUCUCGAAAAGCCUCCAAAGCAUCUCCCAAUAAGGCCCCUGGCCCAGCCAAAAAGGCAGAAAGAAAGAUGAAUGGCCCUCCGAGUAAAACAGGCAACAAGCCCACCGUGAAACCUCCCCCUGGGAAAGUGGAGGAGAGGAAAGGGGAGAAAAGGAAGGCCCCAGAGGAAGGAAACUCAAGCCCAAAGAAGACGCUGCUGGACAUCUUCACAGGUGUGCGGCUUUACCUGCCGCCCUCCACGCAGGAUUUCAGCCAGCUCCGCCGCUACUUCGUGGCCUAUAAUGGGGAUCUGGUCCAAGAAUACGACACGGCCUCCGCCACCCAUGUGGUGGGCAGUGGGGACAAGAGCCCUGAGGCCCAGCAGGUUUCUCCUGAAUGGAUCUGGGCAUGUAUCCGGAAAAGGAGGCUGGUGGCACCCUGCUAGGGCCCGAGGUCAACUCUUCCCUUCCCACAUCCCCCGUGGGGCGGACAUUGAGGCCCCCGGCAUGAGGCAGCCAGACCGAGGACAGAAAGGCUGUGAGGAUCCUCCCCAAGGUGCUCCCUUGAGCCCCUCCCAGAGCGGGCGUGUACUGUCCCCCGACCUCAGAGCCAGAAUGCGGGGUGCAAUGGGGAGGAAGGAGGAAAACCCAUUUCCCUUACUUGUCUGGAGAGGCCUUGGCGAUCCGGGUGCUGGCUCUGUCCUUUCUUGUUCUCGUUUGUGUCUGAUCUUGAAAGCAGCUUCACCCUCCUGCCCGGUUCCUGUCCUGGUGCUCUUGGGCGGGCAGAGAAGCCCGGGGAGGGCCAUUCUGCCCUUUCUCACCAUUACCCACUCAAUAUUUUUAAAAGAUAUUUUAAAAAGACUGACUGGCAAAGUACUUUUCUCAAAAAAGCAAAAUGCAGAUGGCUGUAGUCUGGCCCGCCCUCUGUGGGGGCAUCAGUUUUAAAAGAUUAGUGGAAUAAACUCCUCUGAAAGAC